AUGACCUUCCCCAGGCAUCGCAUGGGUCACUCCCUCACCCCUGUCAGGCAGCUGCCCGUAGCUGCACCCCAGGCCCAGAUCACCAGCACAUGGCAGGUCCCCGAGCCGUGUCACCUGAAGGGGCUGGACACUGAGGGCCACCACAUGGGCCCUGCAGCCCCGGCAAAGGCUGGACACCAAGACGAGGAAACUGAGGCCCAGACUGCUGAGUGCACAGCGUUUGCGGUCAUUCACCCACAUGAUGUCAUGUUGACUUCAAAGCCAGGCUCUGAGCCACUGCACCUGAGCCCAGGAGACCCUGCAGGAUCAGGGAAGGAGGGGNCGCCCCGCGCCGCCGCCGCGCGCCCCCCGCGCCGCCGCCGCCGCGAGUCCAGCUCGCAGGAGGAAGAGGUCAUCGACGGCUUCGCCAUCGCCAGCUUCAGCACGCUGGAGGCCUUGGAGAAGGACAUGGCCCUGAAGCCACACGAGCGGAAGGAGAAGUGGGAACGUCGCCUUGUCAAGAAGCCCCGGGAGGCAGAGAACUGCCCGUCUGCAGAGCCAAGUGAGAACGGGCGGCCCCUGGAGGCAGGCAGCUCUGAGCAGGACCUGGAGACCCCCUGUGACCGAGGGAAGAAGAAGGUCCCUCUGCAGCCCACCAAGCAGAUGAAGGUUGCAGUGUCCAGAGGGGGUGACCACAACAGUGACGGCGACAGCUUCCGAGAAGCCACCAGCUCCCGGAGGAGCAGUUCUCGGGACCAACUCAGUGAUAGCUCGGCGCAGGCAGUCUCAGGCAGAGGUUACUCCUGCGACAGCGAGAGCGACGGGGAUGACAAGGCAUCUGUGGGCUCCGAGAAACUCUUUGCCCCGGCAGCCGAUAAAGGCCCCACGCUGGGCGAGAAGUCCGAGGCCAAGACCGGGGCAGCGCCCAAGGUCUCGGGUCUGGAGCGCAGCCGUGAGCUGAGCACCGAGCCGCCCUUCCUGGCCCCGGUGCGCAGCCCUGCGCCAGUCCUGCCCUCCGCCAGCACCGCGGCCAGCCCGCUGGUCAAGAAGGAAGCCCCGGCGCUGCCUCGCCUCGCCCCGCAGUUGCCACCUGCACCCUCGCAGCCCCGGGCCCCGCUCCUGACGCACGUGCCUCUCCCUCCGGGCGCCUUCCCAGGCCCCGGCCCGGCCGCGCACAACGGCCUGCACAGCCUCAGCAGGAGCAGCAGUGCCAGCAGCGGUGCCAGCCUGGGGCUCGCCAAGCACGCGUCCCUGUCGCCUCACGGGCCGGGCCCCCACCUCUCUACCUCACACUUGGCGCUCCGCUCGCAGGCCCAGCACCAGCACCACGCGGCGGCCAUGUUCGCCGCGCCCCCGACACUGCCCCCGCCCCCGGCGCUGCCGGCCAACAGCCUGGUCAUCCCAGGACACCCCGCCGAUGCCAGCCUGUUGAUCUCAUUCAGCCAGCCAAUCAUGUAUUGCCAGCCUCAUUCGGGGAUUCUGAUUGAUCACGAGCUGCUCAGGCAAGAGCUGAACGCGCGUUUUCUGGUCCAGAGCGCCCCCCUGGGCCCGGGAGCUCUGCUGCGGGCGGAGUUCCACCAGCACCAACACACACACCAGCACACACACCAGCACCAACACACAUUCGCCCCCUUCCCUGCCGGGCCGCCCCCGACGCCGCUCCUGCCACCCGCCGCACCCCCGCCGUUUGACAAGUACACGCCCAAGCUGGACAGCCCCUACUUCCGACAUUCCAACACUUCACACCCACUCGAGUUAACAGGCCGGGCCAGUGCGGUUCACACCCUCCUGCAGAAAGCCCCCGGGGUGUCCGACCCGUACCGGACAGCAAUCAGGAAGCCGGGGAAGUGGUGCGCUGUGCACGUGCAGAUCGCCUGGCAGAUCUACCACCAUCAGCAGAAGAUAAAGAUGCAGCUGGAGCCCCACAAGCUGGACGUGGGCACCAAGCUGGACUUGUUCAGCAGACCCCCCGCCCCGGGCGUGUUCGCCGGACUCCACUGCCCGCAGGACCUGGCCCGGCCCCUCUUCUCCAGCUCGGGUGCCACCCAUCCCGCCUCCAACCCGUUUGGACCCUCAGCGCAUCCUGGCAGCUUCCUGCCCACUGGUCACUUGACAGACCCUUUCACCAGAUCAAGCACCUUUGGGGGCCUGGGGAGCCUGGGCAGCAACGCCUUCGGAGGCCUCGGCAGCCACGCGCUGACUCCCAGUGGCGGUGGCAUCUUUGCCCCCAAGGAAGGCCCCACCCUACAUGGCCUGCCCAGCCCCCACGAGGCCUGGAACCGGCUGCACCGAGCACCACCCUCCUUCCCCACACCACCCCCGUGGCCCAAGCCUGUAGACGCCGAGCGGGUCUCAGCCCUGACCAACCACGACCGAGAGCUGGACAAGGGCAAGGAGGAGCGGGACCGGGACCUCCUGGAAAAGACACGCCUGCUGAGCCGGGCCUCUCCGGCGGCGCCCGUGGGCCACCCAGGCAGUGGCCUCCUGCUCCGGGGCCAGGGCGAUCCGGGCCGGCCCGGGAUCCCCACCGAACGCGAGGCUGAGCUCCGCAUCAAGGAGAGCCGCUCCCCGGCCAGGGAGGACGGCCCCAAGCCCAGCAAGAUGGCCCUGGGGGAAGGCCUGCGCCUGGCUGGUCUCCUGGGCCGUGAGCCCGGGAAGCCGCACGAGGCGCCGGCCGAGCGGUCCCAGAGCGACGUGAAGGUCAAGGAGGAGCGCGGGGAGGACGGCGAUGCGCCCCCACAGCCCGGCCCGGGCCCCGCAGGCCGCGAGCGCCCAGCCUUCGCGUGGGAGCCGUCGCGCGACACGCUCCGCCUCCGCUGGUGGCCGCAGGCGGGCCCCCCACGCCCCCCGGGCAGCCGCGGAGCAGGACUACGCCGCUGGGGGCCCGCGCGCCGGGCGAGGCCCGCGACUACUCCCCUUCCCGCAACCCCCAGGAGGUGGAGGCGCGGUAGUGGCCGCGGGGCCGCUCCCGCCAGGAACGCACUGCUGUCCACUUUUCUAAACCUCCGUUUCUAG